AUGAUGGUCAGAUUAAAAUCAUUCAGGAUUUUUUUUAUGUUAUUUCAAGCAAUUAUUGGUAUAUCUGGUACGACUCACUGGGUUGUCACUGAAAAUGGAAAAAUCCAACCACAGUUGGACUCGGCAUUUCAAAUGAACCAACCGAAUGAUCUUCCUGCACUUCUUCAACAAGAAAAACGAAUGAACAUCGUUCAAUCAUUGCAUAAAAAAAUAAUGGCAAGAAAAAUGGUUCUUGAUAGUCAAAUAGCUGUUCUCAAUUCUAUCGGAGAUUUAGAGUCUUGGUUGCAAUCGUCGAAUCCAGAAUGUAUAUCUAAUCGGAAAUUAUUGGAGGAUUUUGAUUUUUAUGCUAGUGUUGCUACUGAUGGUAGCUACCGAAAGGGUGUAACACAAAAAGAUUAUUUACUCGACGGAAUACCAGAUGAUGGCAAACGAGCCAUUCCAGAUUGCAAAAAAACUUUUCCUUUAGAUUUUAGCAUGUACACUUUUGAACAUCUCAGUGCAAUGCGCAAUAGGAAAAAUUUAUCGCAACACCAAGAGAAAGGCUUGAUAAAGUAUUUACCACCUGGAACGGAUUUAAAUAAAUUCGGUCAUCAAAUAGCGCAUGGAUUGAAAAGAAACAGCACUUCAUGGUUGCAUUUAAAUCUUGCUGCUAUUUAUUGGCGAGUAAAAGGAGAUGCUUUUAAUGCUCUUGAAUGCGCUAGGCGGGCUAUCGUUACAGCUCCUAGGCAAUAUCGUGAUAUACCAUUAUUAACAACGGGCGGAAUUUUACAUGCUGCUAAAUAUUCAGCAGAAGCAGCCAUUGUUCUUCAUGCGGCAAUAGAUUAUGCGCCAACACAAAGUCAUCAACAUCUUGCUUUAGGGCAUGUUUAUGCAAUUUUAGGUGAUUACAAUCGAUCAUUAGCGUGCUAUGACAAUUCUUUGAGGCUUACCCCUUCAAUGGAACAGGCAAAGCAAGCUAAAUUUGUUAUAUUAUGCUGUCAAAGUUUAACUGAAGCUCUCACUGCUUUACACAAGAGAUUGGAUGACAUAGUGACGAAGUUACACGCACAACAAAAAGAUUAUACAGAAUGGUUAAAGCUUGAAGAAAAAAUAUUGUGUGAGCGAAUGAAAACGCCUUUUGCAGCAUUUCGUGCUCAUCGUUUGGGGCCUAUUUUAUCAAAUAGAGGCCAAUCUUGUAUGCAACGUGACGGCGACGAUGCAAUGCUAUCAUGUCAAGUUGCUAAUGACAAUCAAAUGUUUGCCCAUAAUCUUCUUGUUGAUAUUGGCGUUAGUUUGCAGCAAUUAAAAAAUGUUGAGAAUCAAGUUGAAAAAAUAAACGACAGAAUGUCAACCGCCAAAGUUUUACCUUCUAAAAAUGAGCACUUUAGUCCAAUACCAAAAAAUUCUAAUGACCGGAGUACGGAAUUCUUUACAGUUUUUAUGGAACCGACUAGUAAACCAAAGUACUAUAAUUUUGAAAUAAAAAAAAGUAAUCGAGAGUUUGAAAACAAAAAUUGGCCAGAUCAGAGCGAAUGUGAAAAACCAUCGCUACUUAUUGAUACCAAACAAUACAUACCUAUUUAUUUAUCACCAGAGAACAAAGGCUACAUAGUUAAUAUUUUUAUUAAUGAAUUGAUUGGAAUGGAUUCAGGCAAAGAGCAUGCAUUACCCUGGUAUCCACCGAUUUGUCAGACAUCAAAUUCUUUUGACUCAAAAUUCAUUUCUCCGUUAUUGUUAAAAGCAACUAUGGGAAUUAGUUCUCCUGAAAGCAGUUUGACAUCAUUUUUAACAAGUUUGGCUAAAAAUUCAGAAUUAGCUGAAAUUGGACAAAGAAUUUUGACUGCCACAAAAUCAAAAGUUGCUGCGCCAUGGGUUCUGUCGAUGCUGGCUUCUUUGCACUGGCGAAUCGCUGGAAAAUUUAGAAAUGCUCUGGAUUGUCUUCAAUCUGCUUUAAAUACUGUCCCAAAUGGAUUCAAAGAUGUACCUUUAGUAAGUAUCGCUUCAAUCAGCCAAAAAUUUGGAUUGAUUGAUGAUGCUUUGAGAACUACCAAAGAAGCUCUUCGGAUAAACUCUAUUGAGCCAUUAACAAAUUAUUUAUAUGGAUCAUUGCUUUUUGCAAAAAAAAAUUACACUGGUGCGGUGUAUCAUGUGAAACAAAGCUUAAGAGUUGAUCCAGAAUUAAUAGAUGGCAAAGCUUUAACAUUAUUGAGGACAGUUAUUUGUCAUAAACGUUCAAACAGCCGACGUAUAGGAAACGGAGGAAAUGAAAUAGAAAGCUGUGGAAUGACGUAUUCAUCACCUGAGAGAAUAGCUAAACAUGAUUUAAAUGAAGGAGAAACAGUGCUCUGUUUUGGAGACGGUAGAGAUUGUAAACCUAUACAAUGUUUUGCUAUGAAAAUGCACAAUGAUGAAGUAAAAGGUCCAUAA